AUGCAGCGAUAUGCAGCGAUAUGCGAUAUGCAGCGAUAUGUAAUUUGCGGUAUGCGAUAUGCGAUGUUUGGAGGACGCUGGCAGUGGCGCGUCCAGCUCAAGUCUUCACAUGGCUACCAGUGGCAGCCGCACCAGGGGGCAGAACACCACCACCACCUGAGCCAGCUUUGCUGUGGGGCUUCCAAAAAGAUGUGGCUCAAUGGGCAUUCUACGGAGAAGAUAGGGCUCACCAAGCGUCCUGGUACAACAGGGUACUCUGGUGGUUCGGAUGACCAAGAUCACCACCAGCCCACCCAGCAGUGCAGUUCGUUGCAACAGGUGCGGGACCAUUUGGGCAACACUGGAGCAUACGGCUUCCCGGAGGACUUUCCGCUGCAUGAGGCGGGCCCAUCUAGUCUGCCACGGCAGUGUCGGUGUGAGACGGAUGGUAUUGACGACGAGCAGGAGUCUAUUCUUUCCGAUGAAGAAGCAGAAGUGGAUGCGACACGGCCACAAGACGCAGACGGCCAGCAUGAGGAAUGGAUGCUCCCUUCGUGGCCGCCACAACCUGGCAUGGAGCCACGGCCGGAUCCCACUGCUCUGGGUGUGUGGCUAGUGCUGUACUGCAUGCAUGUGGAGCGCUCUGGGGAGAAUUGUACAGUGCACACCAACGAGGCUGGCGACGACAUCAUCAUGAUGUGCAAUGACUGCAUUCAUGCCUUGGAAUGCGGACGCAUCCCGGAGGCUGCUCUCGCACGCUAUGAUGGUGGAGACGUGCUGGAAAUCAAUCAGGAUGGGCAGCAUCUGGAGUGGCCUACCGUGCUGGAAGCCAACAUACUGGGGCUGGGCCAUGUGCAGCAGCAGAUCUACACGCUUAAGGUUAAGAACCGGCCGCCUGACUUGCAGCCCAUCACCGUCACAAUGCACAAGAUAGCCAUGGCGAACCCAUCACUCGAUCAGUGGGUGGACACCAUCCCAUGCUCUGCUGUGUCGUUGCCGGAGAACAUCACCGUCCUCUGCAUGGAUGUCGUCAGCAGCAAGGAGGAGCUGCUAGAAAAGCUCAAGAGCACCAAGGUGUUGUCCAUCCGAGCAGCUAAUAUUGUGGCCUGGGUCAACUACCUCAGCAACCUCACCUCCGAGAGGCAUAUCGAUGACCAAGUGAUGAAGGAGUGGCAGGCAAUGGACCCAGAGUGUCACAAGCGGACAACACACCGGAGGAUGCUGGUCUCGAGGAGCUCGGAGUUCUGGUGCCUGUUGUCCCUGACACAACUGUGCCGGGAUCAGGUGAUGAUGCACGAAACCCGGUGGAGCUACACCAUCCUGGACUACUCCCGGGAAGAUGUGCUUGCCAGCAACUUCCCCACCGCAUUUCUGUACACAAAGGGCGGCAUCCGUCCCCUGGGUAUGAGCAACCGGACCUUCUUCCAGCAUGUGUCUACGCGUGUGCCACAGCGGCAGCUCAGCGGCAACCUCCUCAUGCUCGCCUGCAUGGUGGACGUGCUCAACAUGGAGGACGCAAAAGUGCAGACAUGGGUUACAGUGAAGUGCUGCCAGCAGGACAUCGACACGGUGGGCGCCAUCCCGCGAGAGGCUGUCAAAGUGAUGGCGGACAUCCUGGCAUUGCCGAAGAUGCACCCGGAUCGCCGCCACCUGCUCCAAGACAUGUCACCUCUCGUGCACACCCUCAUCACCUCUCUUCGUGCGGCUGCAGUCGUGGCCGCUGGGCAGUUUCUGGAAUUUGGCGAGGAUGGUGCUCCGUUGUGGGAGGAGCGUGUCAUGGACAAGUGGUGGCGGGUGCGAAACAACCCCUACACCAGCCAAGCACUCCUCAACACGGUUAAGCUCGCCUUCAUGGACAUCCUUUUUGGUUUCAAACCUGGCGACAAGCGGCAGAGCAACCCCGACUGCUUCUGUGGCACCGUGUUCCACAUCUGCAUCUGUUACAUGGCGGCCCGCGCGCGGUCCGGUUGUCCGGUUGUCCGGAGCGUUUUGGAAUUCCGGGUCGGGAGCGUGCCGUACACGCUUAAGACAGUGCCGCAAAGAACGCUCGCCUUCAUGGACAUCCUUUUUGGUUUCAAACCUGGCGACAAGCGGCAGAGCAACCCCGACUGCUUCUGUGGCACCGUGUUCCACAUCUGCAUCUGUUACAUGGCGGCCCGCGGUGAGGAACUGCAUCUCUUCGCAGUGCCCUGCAUGAUGGCUGACUUUUGCAAUGCAACGCUCCGGUGCUGCUAUACUACACAUUCCUAA